CCAGCGGUUGACUUCUUCAGCAGCCAGGUGAUGAUCCACCCGGUGACGAACCGCCCGGCUGACAAGCGCAGCUUCAUCCCGUCCCUCCUGGAGAAGGAGAAGGUCUCCAAGCUGGUCCAUGCCAUCAAGAUGGGCUGGAUCAAACCUCGCAAGCCCAAGGAGGACACGCCCACCUACUAUGACCUCUGGGCCCAGGAGGACCCCAACUCCAUCCUGGGGCGCCACAAAAUGCACGUGCCGGCCCCAAAGCUGCGGCUGCCGGGCCACGAGGAGUCGUACAACCCCCCGCCCGAGUACCUGCUGAGCGAGGAGGAGAAGCUGGCCUGGGAGCAGCAGGAGGUCGCGGAGCGGAAGCUGAACUUCCUGCCCCAGCAGUACCGGUGCCUGCGCGCGGUGCCAGCCUACGCCCGCUUCAUCCACGAGCGCUUCGAGCGCUGCCUCGACCUCUACCUGUGCCCGCGCCAGAGGAAGAUGAGGGUGAACGUGGACCCGGAAGACCUGAUCCCCAAGCUGCCGAAGCCGCGGGACCUGCAGCCGUUCCCCACCACGCAGGCCCUG